CCCACCCUGGUGCCGAGGACUGCCGGGAGGGAGGUGAAUCUCGGGCCGGCCUGGGGGCGGUCCCUGGUGUGUGCUCUUGGGGCGUUCAGUCCUUGCAGCUCUUCACCGAGUCCCGCUCUCCUUCACCCGCGCCCCGCCCAGACUCGAGGAAGCCGCCGGGACGCGUCCGGGCCGACAGGGCGGUUUCCGAGAGGCGGAGCUCAGUCGCCCAUUUCCUUUCUCCGUCGGCUAGAACCCGGACGGCGGCAGCACCCUCUGGCUUCGGACCAUCCUGCGCCAGGCCCAGCGCUGCGCGUGGCCCCAGCGGCAGCAUGGGCGGCGCCCGGGAUGUGGGCUGGGUGGCGGCGGGCCUGGUCCUAGCGGCCGGCGCCUGCUACUGCUUCUACAGGCUGACGCGGGGCCGGCGGCGAGGCGUCCCCGGGCUACGGCUGCGCCCCUCGCGGUCUGCAGAAGACUUAACCAAUGGCUCAUAUGAUGAUAUCCUAAAUGCUGAACAACUUCAGAAACUCCUUUACCUGCUUGAGUCUACUGAGGAUCCUGUCAUUAUCGAAAGAGCUUUGGUCACUCUGGGUAACAAUGCAGCCUUUUCAGUCAACCAAGUCACGAUUCGUGAAUUGGGUGGUAUUCCAAUCAUUGGAAGCAAAAUCAAUAAUCCCAACCAGAGUAUUAAAGAGAAAGCUUUAAAUGCACUGAAUAACCUGAGUGUGAAUGUUGAAAAUCAAAUAAAGAUAAAGGUGUACGUCAGUCAAGUCUGUGAGGAUGUCUUCUCCGGCCCCCUGAACUCCGCUGUGCAGCUGGCCGGACUGAGGUUGUUAACAAACAUGACAGUGACCAAUGACCACCAGCACAUGCUUAGCAGUUACAUUACAGACCUGUUCCACUUGUUGCUCACGGGAAAUGGAAGCACCAAGGUUCAAGUUUUAAAACUGCUUUUGAAUUUGUCUGAAAAUCCAGCCAUGACAGAUGGACUCCUUGGUGCCAAAGUGGAUUCAUCAUUCCUUUCCCUUUAUGAUGGCCAUGUAGCAAAGGAGAUCCUUCUUCGAGUUCUCACACUGUUUCAGAAUAUAACUACCUGCCUCGAAAAGGAAGGCCGUUUAGCUAUUCAGCCAACUUUCACUGAAGGUUCACUGUUUUACCUGUUAUAUGGAGAAGAAUGUGCCCAGAAAAUGAGAGCUUUAGUUUAUCACCAUGAUGCAGAUGUGAAGGAAAAGGUAACAAUGAUACCAAAAUUCUAACUGGUUGGUCAUAUUUUUCCAAAGAGUAAUGCAGUCUAGAAAUAAUACACAUAAACUUCUCAUUUUUCACCUUCCUUACAAAGGGAUUCUUCGAACUGCUGAAUUUAAACAAACAGUAAAUAUCACCUUCCAUCAUUAACACAGCUACAACUUGCCCUGGUCUCGGACCAUUUUAUUGAUACCAAAAUAAGAGCUUGUUCUGAAACCAUUUUGUUUUUAUUUUGCUUUUUGCUAAGCUACUUCAGUUAUCCUCUACAGGGAGUGACAGUGACCUUUUUAUGUGUAAGCUACCCUUCCACUGUCGGCAGUGAUUUGCAGUUAUGCAUCUGGGACAGCAGCAGUAUGUUUCAUAAGCGCCCUAGGAAGGACCCGAGAUCAAUCCCAGACUCCCAAGGCCACCUGCCACUCUUUCAGGUCUGUUCUAAUCAUUAGAAUCUAUUCUAGUCUAUGUAAACUGUUAGAAAUGUUUCCUAGUACUCACCCACUCCCAUUCAGUUUGAUGUGUAUAACAUACUGGGAUCAAUCAAAAUCCAUCCAAAGGCAAAGGCAAUUGGUUAAAUCAGUUAUAUAGUCUUUAAAGAGAAUGAAGCAAGUCUGAAUGUGCUGAUAUGGAAAGACAUCCAUGAAAUAUGGUUGUUUUUCAAAAUACAUGUUGUAGAAAAAUAUGACCCCAUUUGUGGUUUUCUUAAAUCAAAAAAUUUAUGCUUAUAUAUGGACAGAACACUUCUUUCAUAUAUAGGCAUUUUGGUAUAUAUAUCUAGAAUGAAAGCCACACUCCUGAGAAUAGGAUUAGGGAGUAAGGAAAUGACUUUUCUAUGUACACCUUCUAGUGUGUACAUAGAAUUUUGUGUACAUUGUGUACAUUUGAAUUUUUUACUCUGGGCAUAAAUUUCAUAAUUUUUUUAAAUAAAAAUGUCAUAGGAUUAUUUUCUCCCCUUAAUUGAAAGAAGUUUUAUUCAUUCAUUUUCACCCAUAUUUUACAUGAUUAAAAUUACAAGAUAUGAAAAAUUCUCAGCAGUUAUUUUUAAUAGUAUUUUUAUCCCAUAAGCUACUCUAACAAUUCGAAUUCAGCCAGGUUCCCCCCUCCAGGUUUUGUAAUAUUCAAGUUCAUAACCACCACCAUGCUUAGUUAUUAAGUAAAUCAAUUUGUAAGCAGAAGCUUUCCUAGUCAUGUAUUUAAGGCAAAGCUUUAAGAGAAGAGUACUUUAAAUUUCAUUUGUAAAUACAUAGAUUUCCAUAGGAAGUCACAACUCCUCAAACAGAAAAAUGGGCUUUAUCAGGGUUAUCCUGAUACAGAAAUGAAACUUGGGAGACAUAUUUUUACAGUAUAAAUAUGAUGAAAAUGUGAAAAUUCUAAAUUAGCUACAGCAGUAAUAAUGUACAUUAUGAAGGCUAAGGAUCAUUUAUCAAGUGAUGCAAACAUAAGUAUUAACUCCCUGAAAGGCACAUUUCUUUAUAACAAUUUUGCUUAAUCUUCCUCCUUGUUUACUGAAAAUAUCUAUUCAAAAUGUACACACAUUAAAACGAAGAUUUGAUUUCAA